AUGGCAUCAAAGCAGUCUUCUGUCCUUACGACACAUAUUGGCGAAGAGCUUGAAAAGGAGGUAGAUCAGCUCAUCAGCGAGUUCGUCCCCAGCUUCGAUUCUUACUAUGACUUCACCUCCCUGUCCAGUUUAAACACCAAGGACACAGAUGUUGGCGACCUGCCGGACAUGCUAUAUGAGCGAGGUAGCUCAGGCAGCGAGCAUAGUAUGCCGGCGAUCCAGACGCUCUCCUUGAGCUCGCCCCCGACUACCGUGUCUUUUCCGGAAAUGAAAGCGAAGCUCACGCCGGGCACGUCGCAAGCUCCAGAUCAAUCGUUGAUAGCCAGCUCAGACUGGGAGAUACUGAAAUCAAGGCUUCAACAGCUAGUCAGAGACCAUGGCAAGGUUGCUGAACAUCGUUUCGCUACCAGGCAAAAGCGCGCAAAACUUCGGCAGAAGAGGACUACAUCAACAGAUCUGGGAAUCAAUCUAAUGAGAGAAUUGAAUGUUCACUUCGCAAGAGAAGGUGUUUCCUCGCCACUCCUGGCCUUGUUUGAGGAGUAUAAGAGUUCAUGGGAUGAAUACCUGGCCAUGGAACGCGAAUAUAACGACGACGAAGACGGGCUUGAUGACAGAGAAUUCCAACUCGAGGGCACACAGGAGAAGAUAAAGACUGCUGUUGAGCAGUAUGGUACGGAUAGGGGGGCCAUUACCAAGCUCAGCCAUAAGGACGAGCAAGUUGAUUUUGGACCAAAUAUAACAUACGAAGGCGGAGUGUAUCAUCCAUUGAUGGCUGAAUACCUUUCUCGCCGCGGCACACUGGACCUCGUCAAUGAAAGAUUAUGGGAACUUCGGCUAGAGCACAAAGAGGCAUUCAAUGACUACCAGAUGGGAAGGGGGCUGACCGCCGAGCCGAACGAGUAUGUUAUUGACUUACUCACCAAUUUCCGGAGGUACGAAGACGAAAUCCUUCAGGAGAAAGAGGCCUUAGAACGGGAGACCGAACAGCUCAAGGCCCAGUGUGACCAACUGGGACUCUGUGAAAAACCAUCUCCUUUUACACCAGCGGAUGAUUAUACCGCAAACACUCUAUCAGAUCAACUGCAGUCCCUGCCAGCACAUAAGCACUUACUCUGGGAAAAGGAUACCCCCCAAUUUUUCGAGUCCGCUCUGGCCCAGGAACCCCUUGACACUGGGGAGUUUAUUAACAAAUGGAUUUUCCACCAGCUCUGUCAAUCUUCUAUUGAAGUACUCCAUCUGAAGGAAAGUUUCAUAUCGGAAAAUAUGAAGAUUGAUAGUGAAGAAGAGCUGCUCGAUCUCGCAUUAAGAUAUUGGAAAGUUGACGCAGCUAACAAACCAGUCCGCCGGCCCAUGUCAGAAAUCUAUUAUGAUACCUUCAAUGCCAAUGUGAUGCCUAUCAACGUGAAGGCUAACAAUAUUCAAGUAGAAGUUCCCCAGGUCCCCGAUCCAAGUCCCAUACGCAGCUUUGGGGCUGAAUCUAUCCACGAAAGCCAGAAAAAGGCUCCCAGGAUUGACGAUACCCCUACAAAUAAGCACUUGAAUACUCGUCCUGGUCUAUAUUCUAGCAAAACGGAGUGUCAUACGCAUUUCGACAAUAAGCCCCUACUUAACUUCGGCCGAGGCCAAGCUUCUUCAGCAAUUUUUCAUUACGAUCUGCCUCAGUACCGCACUGAGCAAAGGAGCGGGAGCGGCUGA